AUGGAGGAAAACUUGACUUUACCCAAAGUGCAUUUAGAUAACAACACUUCAAGUUCACUGCCAGUUUACUACAUUAUCCUCGCAUCGCUUAUCGGGUUCGUUGCAGUGUUUGGGAAUGGGGUAGUGAUCUAUCUCAUUUCUACAAGAAGACGACUUCAUGUGGAAACCAAUUACUUUGUGGUGUCCCUUGCUUUUGCAGACUUGUUGGUAGGCUUGUUUCUUCCCACUUUCAUCAUCGCCUGUGACUUCUGGUCGGACUGUGAUAUAACAACUUAUUUCAUGUUUUUUAACCUGUUCACCUUAAUAUCCAUAGCGAAUUUAUUUGCCAUGACAGUGGAUAGGUAUAUAUCGAUUUUAUAUCCUCUGCGUUAUCAGUCAUAUGCCACAUCAAGGCGACUUUUUGGUACAAUUUUGGUUUCGUGGAUUAUUCCAGCAUAUCUCUCCUUCUCUCCGCUUUUCUGGACACUUGCAAGUUCGGAGACAGUUAAAAAUACGGGAAAAAAGGUUCAUGCUUUAAUUGUUAUCACUGCAUUCGAGGUGAUACCCACCGUUGUCAUGCCAGCCAUGUAUAUCCAAAUUUUCGUAACUGCAAGGCGACACGCGCGGCAGGUUGCAACACACCAAACUCAGCUCGACUUCAACAGUCAAGUCAACAACAGAGAUAACACGCAACAGGCGACAGCAGAUGCGGGUAAGAGAGCCUCUCAUACCUCACAGCAAAGCAAAGGUAAAAGAAAGACUGCAGAUUCAUCGAGUGUUAUAGUAUUGGGAGCUGUCAUAGGCCUUUUUGUUGUUUGUUGGUCUUUUGACACAGUGAUUUCGCUUUGCAGUAAGUUAGAACUGUGCGUUAUCAGUGAUGGUCUUUUCAGAGUAUCUGAUUUGAUGAUUUUUGUAAAUUCUGCCAUAAAUCCACUCGUCUACGCCUUUUUGAAGAAGGACAUCAAGCGGGAAUUGAGUUUUAUUUGUUGUUGUACAGUGGCAAUGAAUGAAAAGUAAUUUAUUUUCAUGAGUUGUUAUGUAAACCAGCAUCAAGCUUGUUACCUCGGGUUGGUUAUGAUAAGUAGCUAUAUUACUAGAGAUCUUUGAACUGCACAAUCUUAAAUACAAAGCCCAGGGAUAAAUAUAAUUAUAAAUAACAAAUUACGUGUUUCCGCUCAGGCAAUCCAAAAUGUAACCUCCUGUGAAACAUAUAAAUAAUUUUAUUUAUGUCAAUAUAUUAAAUUUUCAACGUUUGCAAGGUAAUUAAACCAAUAAUAAAAUUAAUUGAACUCGC